AUGUGGGGCUCCUUGGUGUUUUUGUUCACCGCAGGUGUUGUUAGUGUGGGGGCCCGCGUAUCAAACCAAGACCUGGGCCUUGCCUCUUCGCUGGGCCCGGUGGUCGAUCUUGGAUAUGCAGCCUAUGUUGGUAACACUACUUCUCCUGCAGGCCAGCCCAACUCUUCGGUGACUUUCUUCGGCGGUAUUCCCUACGUGCAACCACCUCUCGGAGACCUGAGAUUCCGCGCCCCAAAAGACCUUAAUGAGCAAUAUAAUCCUAACAGAACGGUAGUGGAUGCAAGAUCCUGGGGGCCUACUUGCGUACAGCAGCCCGCAACAGAGGGAGUAGGAGCUGAAGGCAAGCUGGCUUAUUUGUAUUCUCCAACUUCUGCAAAAGCCGGUGCCAAACUCCCGGUCGUUGCCUAUAUUCAUGGUGGUGGUUUCUUUUUUGGGAGUUCGCCUCAAUUUCCUAUGUAUGAUUGGGUGGCUCAGGAUCAGAACGUUAUCGCUGUUUCCAUGAACUAUCGAUUACACUUAUUCGGAUUCUUGGAUGGACUUGCUGUACGGGCUGACGGUACCCCGAAUGCUGGACUCCUUGACCAACGAGCGGCGUUGCUUUGGAUCAAACGCCACAUCAGUAAGUUCGGAGGAAAUCCAAACGACGUCACCAUCGCCGGUGAAUCAGCAGGUGGCGCGUCGGUAGUGCUUCAAUCCACAGCCUGGGGCGGAAAGUCGCCGGUUCCGUUCAAACGUGCCAUCGCUCAGUCAAUUGGGUUAUACCCACUUCCCCUGGAUAGUGAAAUAGAGGGCGUUUUCAAUAAUGUGACCACUGCUGCCGGAUGUCCUGCUUCGGGCUCUGAAGCAAUGAGAUGUUUACGAGAGGCCCCCCUUUCGACGCUCAUCAAGUCUAUUAAUAAUGUUCGAACAAACUUUCUGGCGCCCACUAUUGAUGGUCCAAACGGAUUUCUCCCUGACCUCCCAUCGCGUCUUAUUGCCCAAGGCAAAUUCCGCCAUGACGUCGAUCUUGUCGCUGGACACAUGACAAACGAUGGACGAAAUUUCGCUGGAAAUCCUAGGAACGUGAAAACGGAUGCAGAUAUUGUCACAGCAAUUUUGAAUCGUUACAGACACAUGACAAAUGCAACUCUGGAGAAGGUUUUGAAGUUAUAUCCCGAGGCGAGUGUACCCGGGUCACCCUUUGUUGACAACUACGACCGUGCGUGGUCGAUAAUGCAGGAUACUGUUUUUGGAUGCAUGGAUCAGCACUGGGCGAAUGCAACAAGGGCAUUAGGGCGUAAGAACGUAUAUGCAUUCCGGUUCAACGUACCUAAUCCAGUUACACUGGCCGUGAAUCCGUGGCAAGGUGUUAUGCACGCUUCUGAUGUGUAUUAUCUAUUUAAUGGCGCGACUGGAUCAACACCAUUCUUUGCCCCUUUUAACACUACACAGGCGCCAGUAGCCCAGGAGAUCAUGCAGUACUGGACCUCGUUUACACGCUCGGGCAACCCAUCCAAGUUUAAACGCUCUUAUUCUCCUGCGUGGCCAGAUUAUAUAGGCGAUCGCCGGAUAGUUAUGAGCGAGGAUGUUGGGGGGAGCGGAAAUCACACAGCGAGCUUCGUUGAGAAAAUUCCGGUUUACGAACAAGAACGAUGCAGCUUCUGGAUGAGUCUGAAUGAAACGAGGUUUCAACGUCGACACGCGCUAUCACACCUCUUCCUCCAUAUAUCUAAAUACUACCGUGUAUCAAAGUACUAUAUUCAUAUUCGGUCGAAGGUCAUGUCCUUAAGCGCUUGGAGCAUCGGAGCUCAAGAGGCCGUUGCCAAUCUUACUUCUUCACUGGGACCUGUCAUUGAUCUAGGAUAUACAGCCUAUGCCGGUAAUUCUACCUCACCCACCGGUCAACCAAAUUCAACCGUCACAUUCUUUGGGGGAAUUCGAUACGCCCAGCCACCUCUUGGGGACUUACGAUUUCGUGCGCCAAAGGAUCUGGAUGAAACAUACAACCCGAGCCGAACAGUGAUCGACGCGAGAUCUUGGGGUCCUAUUUGCGUACAGCAGCCCGCCAAAGAGGGGCUUGGUGUAGAAGAUUGCCUUAGUUUAAAUAUUUGGAAACCAACUUCUGCUAAAGCCGGUGCCAAGCUUCCAGUAAUUUUUUAUAUACAUGGAGGCGGAUUUUAUGCUGGGAGCUCACCUGACUUCCCCAUGUACGAUUGGGUUACUCAAGAUCAGAAUAUUGUAGCUAUUUCGAUUAACUACCGCUUAAAUCUGUUUGGCUUUCUGGACGGAACGGCUGUACGGGCCAAUGGAACGCCCAACGCUGGACUUCUGGAUCAACGGGCUGCGCUAUUUUGGAUUAAGCGUCAUAUCAGUGCGUUUGGAGGUGAUCCUGAUGAGGUCACCAUCUCCGGUGAAUCAGCUGGUGGAGCUUCGGUGCUGCUUCAAGCGACUGCAUGGGGAGGAAAGGUGCAGGUUCCCUUCAAGCGCGCCAUUGCCCAAUCAAUAGGGCUCUUUCCCCUCCCACUGAACCAUGAGCUGGAAGGUAUUUUCGGCAAUGUUACUAGCGCAGCCGGAUGCCCGGCCUCGGGAACCGAGGCUAUGGCUUGUUUACGCGCCGCUCCUCUUUCAGAAUUAAUCAAAUCCAUCAAUAGCGUGCGGAACAACUACCUUGCGCCUACCAUAGAUGGACCCAACGGAUUCAUUCCGGAUCUUCCGUCACGUCUCAUUACCCAAGGAAAGUUUCGCCGUGGGAUUGAUCUUAUCGGCGGGCAUACAACCAAUGAUGGAAGAAACUUUGCUGGGAAUCCCAAGAAUGUAAACACCGACGAGGAUGUUAGGACGGCGGUUACGAACCGUUAUCGGCAUGUGACAAAUGCUACUUUGGAUAAGGCUUUGCAGCUUUAUCCGUCCCCGGGUACUUCAGGGUCGCCAUUUGUAGACAACUAUGAUCGCGCUUGGACAAUUAUGCAAGACAUCAUUAUGGGAUGCAUGGAUCAACAUUGGGUAAAUGCAACGGUCAAGACAGGUCACAAGAAUGCAUAUUCAUAUCGGUUCAAUGUUCCAAACCCCGUUGAUUUUGCGGCGAAUCCUUGGCGAGGUGUUGGCCAUACUUCUGAUGUAUAUUAUAUGUUCAACGGCGCAACAGGUGGGACAUUCCACCCAUUUAACACAACUGAAGUCCCAGUAGCAGAAGAAAUUAUUCAAUAUUGGGCAUCAUUCUCGCGGGCAGGUAAUCCAUCCACAUUCAAACGGGCAUAUUCCCCGAUAUGGCCACCAUAUGCGGGAAACAGUCGGGUAGUCAUGAGUGAGGACGUGAGAGGAAACAGCAAUGGCACGGCUAGCUCGGUAGAGGCUGUCCUAGCCUAUGAACAACAACGCUGCCAAUUUUGGAUGAGCCAGAACGAAACGCGAGUGUAA